AACUAUUUUAUCGCAUCUUUCAUUUGAAAUUUAUUUUAAACAAAAAAAAGGAUUAAGAAAUUUUUUACUUAAUACAAAGAAAUACGAAUCAACCCGAAUCAAAAACUCGAUUAUGUCUCAACAAGACGAAACUUCCUCAGUAUCGUGGUCACGAAAGUCUGAAAAACAAAAACAAUCACAAGCUCGUAGAAAAGUCGGUCCACGUCAUGAAUUAACAACCGAACAAAAAGCCGACUUGAAAUUAGCCUUCGAUUCCUUCGACACUAAUGGUACCGGUUGGAUUGGUAUUGAAGAAUUGCGUGUAGCAAUUCGUGCACUCGGCUAUGAGCCUAAAAUGGAACAAAUGAGCAAAAUGGUUGCGGAAAUUGACCGCGAUGGUAAAGGAAAAAUUUCCUUCAAUGACUUUCUUCACUUGAUGGCCAUUAAAAUGUCCCAAAAAGAUACAAAAGAGGAAAUUAUGAAAGCUUUUCGAUUGAUUGAUAUUUCUGGCAGUGGACAGAUAAAAUUUCAAGAUCUCAAACGAGUUGCUGUUGAGUUAGGAGAAUAUUUAAACGAUGAAGAAUUACAUGAAAUGAUUGAGGAAGCCGAUUCGAAUCAAGAUGGAAUUGUUACUUUUGAAGACUUUUUAAAAAUCAACAAGAAAUAUGAUGGUUUUCAAGUUGAAGCAAAUUCAAGACAAAAUUAAACCUUCCUUUAAUUUAAUAUCGAAAAUAUAAACUUUCUUUAAUAAA